UAUGCAAAUCGUCAUCAAUUACCUGUUUCAUUACGUAAUCGUUUUCUUGAAGUUCAAUUUGAUGAUUUUCCAGCAAAUGAAUUACCAAAAAUUAUCUAUGAACGUAAUGAACCAGGCAAAGAAAAGCCAAAAUGUUUGAAAGAAGAAUCAACUGAAAAAUUGUCCGAUUUUUAUCAUAAAGUUAUUAAAAAACAAUCACGAAUUACAUUUCGUGAACUUGUCAAAUGGCUUCAUCGACAUGCAAUAUUUUCACCUGAUAAAGAACUUUGGCCUGUUGUCGGUGCAUCACUUUUAGCUGUUAAAUAUCCAUCUGAAAGUUCAAUGAAUGAAUCAUUAAUGCAGGACUUAGGAAAAGUAUGGCCAAAUAUAAAAUUACUGAAAACUCCGCCGAUUGAAAUACGAUCUGUUGGUACUAGUGUUCGUUUUCGAGAAGAUGAUCUGUACAUUGAUGUAUCAAAUAUGAAACUUAGUGAUAGUGUUGUGUCAACAUCACCUGAAUCAUUUCGUCGUUCACUUGUUCGUCUUGCUCUUGCUGUACAUGCUAAAGAACCUGUUUUACUUGUCGGACCAACUUCAUGUAAAACGUUACUCGUUGAAACAUGGGCUCGAUUGUCUGAUCGUGCUAAUGAACUCAUCAAAGUCCAUUUAACACCAGACACAGAAGCAGGUAAUUUAAUUGGAGAACUUCAACCAUAUUCAUUUCUUGAUUUACUCAAACGCUUACCGACAAUGGCUGAACGUGUUUACAUUCGUUUUCGAAGUCUCUAUCGACAUGAAAAGAAAACGUUAACAUUGGCACAGCAAGAUGAUGUUUCUUUACAAACGCUUAUUGAUGCGAUUAGAAUAGAUCUUCCAAAUGCUAUUGCCGCUUUUGAAAAAGCUUAUUCACUUAGCGAAGAACGUCGUCAACAGAAAGAUGAAGUUGUCGAUGAUUACGAUGAAAUUAUUGCAGAAGCUAAAGAACGACAGGCAUUACCACCUGAAGAACCUAUUCAAAAUAUUUUUAUUAAUACUGAAUCAUCGUUAUUAAGAUCGUCAUCAGAAAGAAGUUUGUUUAUGCCGAGUUUUGAAAAGAAAUUUCAUGAUGAGGAUGAUGAUAUAGACAUGGCGUUGUUAGAUAUGGGUAGAACAAAUCCAAGCUUAUUGUAUGACAAAAUAAAUAAUGGAAUUAGUAGUACUGCCGGUUUAGAUGAUGGUUUUGGUGGAUUCAGUAUUUCCACGGGUUUAAAUGAUGGUUUUGGUGGUUUUAGUACUUCCACUGGUUUAGAUGAUGGAUUUGGUGGAUUCAGUACUUCUGAUAGUUUAAAUAAUGGCUUUGGUGGUUUUAGCAACUCUACUGAUCAGAGCAUAGUACAAAGAGCUAAAAAUAAAGUUACAAUAGAAACU